GUUUCCACUGGUAUUAAAAGCUAGACAAGCGUGAUAAUGUAAUAUUUUUUAAAUAAACACAAAGGUAUUCCAAUCCCUGAGGUUUUUAACCUAGAUUUUUCUAAAAUCGCUAGCAAAUUUCCCAAAUUUCUCUCAAAUAGUUGAUUCAAUUCUAUAGCACAAUGGGUCCGAAGAAAAAGAAAGAAGCUGUUUUGAUAGAAGGUCUGGACACCACAGAAAUGACCUUUCAAAAGCUCCAACAAUACACACACAAAUUGUACGAACGGCUGCAGAAAGAGAGGGAAGAGCGGAACUACUUUCAAAUGGAGAGAGACAAGCUGCGAACAUUCUGGGAGUUGGCUACACAUAAUCUGGACGAGGCACGAGCAAAACUGGUGAAUCAGGAUCAUGAUCUCGAGUUGGCGGACGACAGGAGAGUGCGAGAAUUGAGAUGGGUCAACCAGAAAGUCAAGUUCCUCGAGUACGAACAGAAUCUGAAAAUGAACGAAAUGGCAGUAAAAGAGAAAAACUCGGUACUCCAGGCGGAAAAAGAUUUCGCGGAGCAAGAAAAUGAAUUAUUGCACGAUAAAACAGAGCUGAAAUAUCAGUUAAAAGAAGCGCAGGAUUUCCAUCAGCAGGAAAUCAAAAACCUCAAACUUGAACUGGCUGAGAAAGCGACUGAUAUCCGCAAAGAUCUCGAAACGCAGGUUGAAUCGAUGGAAUUCAUCUAUGAGAAAAGGAUUUAUGAUGCCAAACUAUUCCUAGAUACAAAGCAGAAAGUAGAAAUGGCUGAACUGGACGAAAGAAAGAACCAACACAUCAAAGAUUUAAUGGACGACCACGAUCUCGCGUUCAAUGAAAUGCGUAACUACUACAAUAACAUAAUGCUCAACAACUUCUCGCUCAUCAUGGACUUGAAAGAGAUAAUCGAGAACAUGAAGGCUAAAGAAGCAAGAAAGAAUAAGAGCGUCAAGGAAUUGACCAGGGAGAAUGCCAGUCUGAAAGAGGCGCUGAAGAAAGAUAGGGAAGAUUCUCAUCUUCUACGACAACAGGUUGAUAUUCUCAAGAAGAAUGUAGCCAGUCUCAAUACAACAAAGAAAACAUUGAAAGAAAAAGAGAUUGAGCUUGAACGCAUGAAGUGGGAUUAUGAUAUUCUGAACAUGCAUUUUGAGAACUAUAAGGAAGAGAGACAAAAUUCGGAACAAAUGAAGCUGAAACAUUCAACCAAAAUGCAAAAAAGAGAAGCGGAAAAGCUGUGCAAGCUGAAAAUGAGACAGAGUGCUCUAGAAAACGAAGUAAAGCGGAAAAGUCAACUUUUAGACAAGUUGAUGAAUUUUAUGAACACUAUUUUGAGUAGAAACUUGAUCAAGGAAUCGUCUCUUAAUGACUAUCACGAGUUGAUGGGUGAAAUGAAAGCCGCUUUGCAGAAAUCCAAUGCGUUGGAGAUUCCCUCUCAUAGAUCAAGUAAAUCUGAUUUGAAAUUCAGUUGAGUAAUGUUUGUAAAUUAAUGGAAAAAAAUAUAUAUCUUUUCAAAUUA